AUGUCUGUCAACGUACCUACCCAAGCGGAGAAAAAGGAAGCUGAUAUCGCGCGUAAAUUGCAAUUUUACGGAAUCUACAAAGCAUUUCAAGCAGGAAAGGUUCCGGAUAAUGACCAAAUCGAUGUUGCUCUCAACAGCUUCCUUAAUUUGGAUAUUCUAGCGUCACCAUCCAGAAAUCUUUCCGAUGAAGGUAAAAGCUUAAUACAAGAAUUUCGUUCCGUUGUCGAACAGGCGAAAUACCUUCUUCUUACCAAAAAUGAAGGCGAACUCCUUCAGGAUUUCAUUUGGCAAUGUCAACAGAUUGAUAGUGGAGCGGCAAGAGCUCCAGGAGCUCCAGUCGACCAAACAACUGCUCAGCAACAUGGCAGAGAUGUAAAGGAGGGCCUCAGAACUCUUGGUCAACUCAUCCUAACCAACGGACAAUUCAGGAAGCUCUUGAAUGAUGCUGUCGUUCUCCUACGAGAUAUUGCUGGUGAUGCUGCCACUAAUUUCGCUGGCAAAGUGAACCCUCCUGAAGAUCAAUUGAACCAAAUCGAUCAUCCCGCUGAGGAUAAUGUCUGGCAUGAUAGCCCAAACAUGUCAUCUGGUAAUAUCAAGAACCAGAUGAGGCAGGCAUUCAAGAAGAAUCAACCUGUCGGUAGAGACGAUGUUAGAGAUGCUAUUGGUACCGCUAGUCAAACUGCUCACCCAAGCGGCUCUCGUGAUCCAGCAGAUACUGCUCAAUUGGCUGGUCGUGAUCAACAAGACAACACUGCUUCUAGAAUUGAUGGUCAAGCCGGAGCCCAAGUUGGUGCUGAUACCUUGAAGCAACGUGCCUCCGAGAACGUCCCUGAGGAAACAAAGCAACGUGGUCGCGAGACAAGAGAUAGAACUAAGAAUUACCUCCAACAAAAGAUGCCGGAGGAGCGCCGUGGGCAACUUAUCUACAGACUUAAGAAGAUGGUUGUGGAGAUCCAAGGUCACCCAGACUAUAUGCAAUCUAUCGAUACUCUUCUCGACCUGGCCCAGGAAUAUGGAAGACAUGCACACAAUGUUGGCCAACAUGGUUCUGGAGCAGUCAAGGGCGCACGUGGCGACACCGCUCUGAGGACUGCCGAGAGAGAUUUGAAAACACUCAUCGAGCGGUUUGCAAAUUACACGUCAAUUGACGAUUUUAUCGACUCUAUCAAUGUUAUCUAUCGAGACGCUGAGAAAGAUGAAGAAUUGAGGAAUUGGUUCAGGCAAAUGAACGCCUUCAUUCGCAGAUGUCUCCAGGAGCAAGGUUAUAUCAUGGAAGACGACUCCACUGAGCGUUGGAAUGAGCUUUACGAUACGGGGAACGACCUUCUCAGAAAGCGCUAUAAAUCUCAUACUGACCGCAUCGUUGAUGAACUCAAGUUCUUAGCCAAGGAAUUCGAUAAUGAUGCACAGAACAAGCAAUUUGCGGAGACGUGCCAAAAGUUUUUCAAUCACCUAGGCAACGAUGAGAACGGCAGGCCAAAAUUCAAGAAGCAUUUGCUUCACGAUUUGUCCAAUGUCAUCAUUCCUACAAUUAUUGAAGAUAUUCGAUAUAUGCCUAUCCCUAGACUCGAAUUCAGAGAUCCUAAGUUGGAGUUUGCUGUUGAGAAUCUGGUGAUUGAGAGCAGCAACCUUUUGCCGAACCUUCUUGAAAUUCAUCAAGAAAGCACCAUUCGCUUUGGUCGCAGAGGCCUCGAAGCUGGAAACAAAGGAUCGUUUCUGGUUGCAGUUGAAGGCAUCCAGAUGGAUUUGAGGGAUGUUGCUUAUUACAUGAAAAGAAGGGGUAGUUCAUUACUGGCUCACGACGAAGGCAUCCUCGAUAUUCUCCUCGGUGACUCUGGACUCAGUUUCAGGAUGAAGUUGUCUGUACUUUCGUCCGAAGCUAAAGAUCGACAAAGCUUUUUGAAGGUUGAUAGUGUGAAGGUUGACAUUAGGAAGUUGAAACUUAAGAUUAAAUCAUCGAAGCAUAAGGCUUUGAUCGCUGCGGGAAAGCCUUUCUUGAUCAAACCUCUUACGAAGGCCCUCGCAAAGUCUAUCGAGGCAGCCAUCAAGCAGAAGGUUGAAGAAGUUGAUGCGUUUGCAUAUAAAAUCAAGCUUGAAGCCGACCGAGCUAAAAAGGAGGCCGCCAACAACCCAGAAAAUGUUCCUAACAUUUAUCGCAACUACGUUUCCGCUUUCCAACGAGAGCUCACCAAGGGUAAAGAAAAGGCUCAAAAGGCCCAACAGUCUGUGCAAAACAAAGAGUUCAAGAUGGUUACGACAACGGAUGAAUCAAUGUUCCCCAAUGUUAAGUUACCCGGCGGGAUCUCAUCCAAGGCAACCGAAUAUAAGAAUUCUGCUAGACAAGGGGACCGAUGGAAAUCACAAGUCUUCGGCAUUGGAAUCGCCCAAAGAUCUACCAACAUUCCAUCCCCAGAGGAGAUCAGGAGGAAGCCACACUCGGUUGCUCAAGGUGGUGCUAGAGAUCCACAAAAUGCCGGCAACACCAACCCCUCAACUGGUCCGUCAGGCUAUAAUCAAGGUGCUCAGCAGGGCUAUUCUCAACAAGGUGCGGUUCCUCAACAAGGCUCGGUUCCUCAACAAGGCUAUGGUCAGCAAGGCUUCAAUCAACAAGUUGACGUGGCUUUCAAUAACGCUGGUGCACAACCUGGUGUUCUACAAGGCAACAGUGCCACAAAUGGUGCCAUUAACGGUGGUGCCGUAAACAAAAAGAACACUCCUACUGGAGGAAACACUCUAUUGGGAUCAGACAACCCAGUUUACCAAGGUAGAGUUUAG